GAAAAGGGAGUGAUUCUACAUUCUACAUGAAAAAAUAAGUCGGAAACAUAGAAUACAAAUUCGUUAUGUGAAUUUUUAUUUUCAAGAAAAUCGUCUUUGAAUUUUCCCCGGAUACUGGUGCACUUGAACUAUAUGUAUAAAUUACAUAAUAAUUUACUGCUCAUCUACAUUUCGUGAAAUAGGAGAAAGGAGAAGAAUUCGUGGAUAAUAUGUAGAAUAGGUUGUCGGUUUAGCUGUUCUUUGGAUGUUAUUAAGAUGAAAUUGGGAUGCUGUACGACUGGCGCCGGUUGCGAGGAAAUUUGGAAAGGGACAGGAACAGCACGCACGACGUAGGAGUAAGAUGUACGGUGUCUAGCAAUGGACUCGAAACGUCGCGAAAUCGGCGCUAGAGGAUGCAUUAGGAUGCAUUUCUGCGAACUUUAGUAGCCAUGAAAUGUUGCUUAGUAUUAUAAUUCUAACAGGUUGUAGAUGUAAUCGAUAACUACAGUAAUUGUAAAAGAAUAAUAAUAAACAAAAUUUUAUGGCUACUAAUAUUCAUAUAGGUGUAUCGCAGUGGUCAUGGUUAAUCAGGUUAAUGAAUACAGAGGUACAGAAUUCAUUUCUGUUCAUUAAAAAUUCCAAUCCGAAGCGUACGAUCGACAUUUAAAGUUUCUAUUUACUGAUUAUUGAAGCGGAAACUGUGAGUGGAUAGUCAAAAUGUGUGUUGAGUCUAUCGCUAGGCAGCAGUAACGGUGGGUGGAGUGGGAUCGUGGUGUCCGUACGGCAAGAGCGGGGUGUGUAGGGGACUCGCGAAGCAACGCAGGGUGGGUGGGAUGAGAGAGCGGAUUUCUACAACGGUGUCGGGCUUCCACCGAUCUCUCGCGGGUACCCCGACCCGUGGUGAACCACCUGGUGCCUCCUCGGGUCAGCGAAGACCUGGUGCUCGGACAGCUCCGUCGCCUCGGUUCCCACAAUCGACGAUCCGUCGGGAAUAAAUUCGACAACGAAUACUGACCUCGCGAACGGUGGCUGUCCAGGGUGCAACCGUUGAAGAGGAUCCACAGGCGAGUCGAGGAACCGUCGACCAUAGGGAGGAUAUGUCUGCAGUCGAGAGCGCUUUGGACGUCCUCUCCAGGGCAGCGACGAUGGUGCGAGAGGAGAGACCGAAGGCGUCGAAUCUCCACCGGAAGCCAAGCAGCGCGUGGCGCAAAGAACGCAGGAGGGACCCGAUUCAGAGCGAGGCGCUCGACAUGUCCGCAGCUAGGGUUCAUCAUCAUCAUCACAGCAGGCCCAGCGUGAUCGUGCCCACUACGCCACAAGCUGGUACGACAAUCGAAGACACUGCAGUGACACCUACAGCAACCCUGACACCAUCUGCGGCAGCAGGAGGUCAAAGGACUGGACUCAGAACUGUGGGCGGCGUAAGCGAUCCUGCAAUAGAUGAACACUUUAAACGAUCGUUGGGGCUAGAAGAGUAUGCAGCUGUCUUCAAUGCGACCACCACCGACAAAGAGGCUGGUCUCAGUGUGGACGACCACUUCGCAAAGGCGCUGGGUGAAACCUGGACGAGGCUGCAGGCAACUAGUCGAAGCAAAGAUUCCAUUUAACUGCAGGACAGUUAUCGCACAGUUAUCUGCUGUUAUCUUCGAGGCGCGGUCAAUGUCGUUCCAGUACUCGCCGAUUAAUAGUGUUAAAUUGUCGUCGUUGACAAGAGGAACUCGACCGAUCCGACAAAUGGCUCUACAUUGUUACCUCGUGUCGAGAGAGCGCGUCUGUGAACUAUGCUCACGGUACAUCCAAUUUUCGUUCCCCGAAUUUCAUGGCGAAAGGAAAACCGUACCCAAGUGUCCUUGACCGCCGAAAAUCGUUUGGUAUCGACAUUUACCCCUUUCGACCCGCCUGUUUUCUAUUUCAAUUCUAUUUGUUUCUCUUUACACAUUAACUCUUAACUUCUUUUCGAAAUUGCAAAGUAUUUCUAAAUAGGCCGGUAGAUAAAGUGUUAACAGCAUUAAGAGCUCUCGAGCAAAUUAGUGCACUGGAUCCCUUAAUUCCCGAGCAAGUACUCACCGUGUCCAUACGCUAAGACGAUCCUGUCACCAGGGUCGAAAGGGUUAACGAAUCCGCAAACGGAGACGAGAACAUUGAGAGGCGCGGACGAGUUUGACGAUAUUGUAUAUAUAGAUACGCGUAUUCUUUUAUUAUGCCAUCAUCGCAGUCAUAAUCGCAGCCCGCACGUAGGGGGCGUGAAUUUAUUUAUUAUGAUGUUCCAUACUGCCUCGCUAAAUAGUUAUAGUGGAUCCGUUUACACUGCUACAUAUGUCCUCGAUGCGAUCGACAGCCUUGAUCGCGUGUACGAUAACGAACCGCAAAACCAGCAAGAAUAUCGAGAUGAUCGAUCAGGCGUUGCACAACGUCUGCUGUCGCCGGUGUAAACGGACGGAUGUGUAUGUAAUAAUUAUUUGCAUAAAUGUUAACUUGAUGGGUGUGUGUGUGUGUGUGUAAGUACAUGUAUCAUAUAUACAUAUAUGUAUAUGUACGUAUGUAUGUUGUAAUUAUAUAAAUUCGAGUCUUUACAAACAAAGUAGAGAAUAAGCGCGAAACCGUAUAACAGAAUCGAUCAUCGCACAAUAAAACUUGUAAUACGUGUAUUCGUCGAGUGACGGAAUUAUACGUAAACAUUGUACUAAAGACAAAGAAGAGGAUACAUAAAAUGACUGGUAACAUUUUAAUACCAAA